GCCGUGGAGCUAUUUGAAUCACCGCUUCGUUUUUGAAGCCCUAAACUCUAAAGGCUUCUCUCACUACUCACUGUCUUCGUCGUCUCCUUCUCCAAUCCUGCCGUGGCGGUGGCGGUGGCGGCUCUCCAUUCCAUCGCCUCUUGAUUCAGCUGAGUUCUUCCUUCAUGGCGCCCGUCGCCCCUGCAGCAGACCCUUCAAAUUUAUUGCAGAAGCUGUCUUUGGAUCCUCAGCCGAAGUCCAAAGAUGCUGUUGAAGCCACCAAGCAGGUUUCUGUUGCCCAUACUGGAUCGAGUAAUGCUGAAUCAUCAAACAUGUGGACUCCUUCAGAGGGUUCGUCGGCACCUGUUCUGUCUGAAUUUACUGAUGGUGGCAAUUAUUAUGUGCCCACUUGUUAUGCAUCCCCAGCCUAUUUCUUUGGAGGUUAUGAUCAGGCUGUCAAAGACUGGAAUGAUUACUCCACGUAUGUGAAUCAAGAUGGCAUGCAGGGAGUCUAUGGUGACAUGUAUCAAGGUUAUGGAUAUGCACCUUAUAGUGCUUAUCCUUCUAAUGGAACAGCAGUUCCGGCAAUGGGGAAUGUUGGAAAAGUUUAUGAUCAGCAACAGUAUCAGUAUCCACUUCCCUUUUUCCAGACACAUCAGCCAACUAGUUCAACUCACCAAGGAAACCUUUCUAGCUCUGUUGUUUCUGACCAGCCUUCAAUCCCAGUGGAUACACAGAAGAAUUCUAAUGGAAUUCCAAAAAGUAAUACAAGUAAUGGACCAGGAACCACAAGGUCUAGCCACCAAAAUUUAUUACAUGCUUCACAAGGGAAUGGAGGUUAUCAGAACUUUCGAUAUAGUUCCAAUGGAAUUUGGUCAACUAAAGUAUGGUAUGAUUCUCCAUACUUAAAUGGCCAACACAGGCCAGCAAAAUUUAGAUCUUCCUCUUCCGGUACAGGGCAUAAUGCUAGCUACUCAUCCGUAAGAAACCAUGGUCAACUUGUUGCCCAUGUCAUGGGAAUGAAUGCCCCAAGACCAACACCUGGAAUGCGUCCAACUGCACCUUUGGUUAGCAGAAUGUGUGGAUUUGGAUAUGGACAUUCAAGUAUGUUUAUGGAUGGCAUUUCUCACUCCGAAGGGCAAGGAAAUAUAUCCUUUGGCAAUUAUCAUGAACUCAGUGAGCUAAACAGAGGACCAAGGGUGGUCCACUCAAAGAAUCAUAAGGUUGCUGGGCCUCCUCCAGUGAUUUCUGGCAAGAGUCAGAACCUAUCCUCGUCUGGGAAUGAGAACACUGGAGUGUCUCUGGAUUGUGAACAGUACAACCGGGAAGACUUCCCUGACAAAUACUCUGAUGCAAAAUUCUUUAUCAUAAAGUCUUACAGUGAGGAUGAUAUUCAUAAAAGUAUAAAGUACAAUGUAUGGGCCAGCACCCCUAAUGGGAAUAAGAAGCUGGAUGCUGGAUAUCAGAAAGCUCAUGAAAAAGCUGGAGGAUGUCCUGUAUUUCUGUUUUUUUCUGUUAACACUAGCGGACAAUUUGUGGGUGUUGCGGAGAUGGUUGGCCGUGUUGAUUUUAACAAGACUGUUGACUAUUGGCAGCAAGAUAAGUGGAUUGGGUGCUUCCCAGUCAAGUGGCAUAUUAUUAAGGAUGUCCCAAAUAGCAAUCUGAAGCAUAUCACGCUAGAGAGCAAUGAGAACAAACCAGUUACCAACAGUCGAGACACUCAGGAGGUGGAGCUAGAGCAGGGCAUCCAGAUGCUCAAGAUUUUCAAGGAACAUACAAGCAACACAUCUCUUUUGGAUGAUUUUGACUUUUACGAACAUCGUCAACACUUUAUGCAAGUGAAAAGAGCAAAGCAACAGCUUCAGAAGCAGGCCUGGGAUGGAAAGACUUCCCAUAAGCCUGUGGAAGGGAACCAAGUAGUUGGCAACGAGUUCAAUUUACAAUCUGAUUCUGUUACAAACAAGGAAGCAGUAAACAGUGAUCAUGUUCAAAGAACACCAGUGGAAAUUAUUGCAACUGCUGAUGCUGGUGAUGCAUUAAAGGUCACCAACGGUGCAGCAAGUGGUGUUGCCAGUGGCUUCUGAACUGUUACUCCGUUUUUACCUGCUGCGAUGAGCCUCGAUUGCUGUGGCAGCCUCUCUUGGUUAUUGCUUUUGAGCUGUUGUCAGCAACUGGAAUCCAGAUGACAAAACUGCAGUAGAUUUGGUAAUGAGACAUGGUUUUUUUGCUGAUACAGGCCAGUCAGUAUAGCUCCAGCCAACAUCUGCUUUGCCAUACUCGGCUAGUUUUAGCCCGUUCUGUAAACUCGAGUUAGAUAUGCUCUUCCUUUUUCUAGUUUUGGUAUAAUCCUUGGUUGCAGUAAGACUGCGAGUUCUUAGACCUCUUGGUAGUACUUUACACUCAUUUUGAUCUCGUUUGUUGUCUAUCCCCGUGUGGAAGUGGGAAGAGACUACAGAUGAAUGAGUGGUGUGCGCGCUGCUAUUGGAGAGCAUACUACCUCUUUCGUUUACACCUACAAGCUAAGUUUGGUUUUACCAUUUUCAUUUCCAUAAAUUUUUAUUCCAAGUAUUGAAGUCAGCAAUUAAAAUUUUGUUUUGUGUUGGCUGGUGUGGUGAAAUAUUUCAUUCCACUUGCCAACUAGCAUGCAAAAUAGUUUGAGAUGAAUAAAA